CUACUACAGCCGUCGGGUCUCGAUUAUUAUUCAUCAACUUCCACCUCAUCAUUAUCAGGUUGGUGCUUACACUCGACCACAACGGGGCAUUCGACGUUCUCUUCUCUGACCGUUCUAGGACGUGCAAUUUCCCCGACAUUUUCUUCCUUACCGCUGACCUGCAUCUAUCCCUUCUCUCCCUUGCCGCAUCUCCUAGUCUCCUUCCUUCCCUUCCCCGUCUCCGCCCGGUUUCAAUCGGUCGCCUGGCCUUUGUGGUGGAGUCAAGGUAGCACUACGAUAACCUUCUCAGUCGCCAAAUUGUCGAGUGCGCGUUUGCUCAGCAGGCUUGCUGGGUGAUACGAUAGUGACCUGCGAAAAUGGCGCAAUAUUUCUUCGAUCUCCUGUACAACUUCACCGAUUGCAUGUGCUGCUUUCCUAGCACGCCGCAACUCAAGAUCAACAACCGCAGCUUCAAAUUACUCCGUCUUCUGGGUGAAGGUGGUUUCUCCUACGUGUACCUGGUCCAAGACAAAGCAACGUCGGAGCUGUUUGCGCUGAAGAAGAUCCGAUGCCCCUUUGGCCAGGAAUCUGUUUCCCAGGCUCUGAAAGAAGUCGAAGCCUACAACCUAUUCGCUUCACAGCCCAAUAUCAUCCAUUCGAUUGAUCACUCCGUUUCCACGGAGUCAGGUUCGAAGUUCCGUUCGGAUGGCGGAGAGCCCGGAUCUAAGACUGUCUAUAUCCUACUGCCUUACUAUCAACGGGGUAAUUUACAGGAUGCUAUCAAUGCCAACCUAGUCAAUCAUACUCAAUUUCCGGAGAAGCGACUGAUGGUGUUGAUGCUUGGCGUCGCCAAAGCGCUCCGAGCCAUGCAUCAGUAUCGUGUUAAGAGCGGUGCCGGGCCGACUCGCAAGGCGAAAGCUGUAAGAAGGGAGGGCGAAGAGGCCGAUGCAGCCAUGCGCAUGGGGAAGCCGAAGCGCCGAGCAACUCAGCCGGCCGAUGAUGAGGACUCCGAAAACGAGCCAUUGAUGGAUGACGAGGUCACGAGGAGUCAGGAAGGGGUUCAGGACGGCGGUCUGCGCCCAUACGCGCAUAGAGAUAUCAAGCCUGGCAACAUCAUGAUCGACGACGAUGGACAAUCACCAGUGCUGAUGGAUCUCGGCUCCCUCGCACCCAGCCCCAUCGCUAUCACUUCACGUUCACUUGCGUUAGCAGUACAGGAUACAGCCGCGGAACAUAGCACUAUGCCAUAUCGAGCGCCGGAACUUUUCGACGUAAAGACCGGCUCCAUCAUCGACACCAAAGUUGAUAUCUGGUCACUAGGAUGUACCCUUUACGCUUGCUUGGUAGGCAAAAGCCCCUUCGAAGCACGCAGCGAAGAGACCGGUGGUAGCCUGAGCAUGUGCGUGUUGGGUGGAGACUGGCGAUUCCCCGAUGAGAAGCCGGGCAAGGGCAAGGGCAAGGGCAAAGCUGGCGAUGACACCCGCAAAGACACCACGGAAUCGAUCAGCGCGCCUGUCAAGGAUGUCGUUCGGAAAUGUUUACAGGUAGAACCGGCAGAUCGACCUGACAUCGACGAAUUGAUCCAAAUCAUGCAGGACGUCAUUAAGAAUUUGCCGGAUGACGAUGAGCUUGCUGGCAGUUCACGCUGAACCCGGCCCCUGUUGGGCAAUCUCUAUUCUAUCGUGUCAUAUGCGUCGCAUUUGACUUCUUAGAUCGUGCGUUGCGUUGUUCGGUUACUUAUCGACCGGAGUGUACAGUAUGAGCAAAUUUUGAACCAGAUGUCCGAUUCCCCUCCGCGCGGGCUUCCGGUGUUCCCGCAAAUCUCAUGGUUGGCUUUACGGGAACGAGAGGUGCUUUUCGUAUAGUUUUUGUAUUUAUCGAAGUUUGAUACCACAAUCGCAUUCGUUGCAGGCUGGCCUUUUGCACAUAAUCCGCAAGGGUACGUUUGUGUUUAUUUUUAUUUUUAUUUUUAUUUCUUAAAUAUAAAUACAACUUCUCGCUGCGGAAGUUAGAUUGUUCUUGAGUCUAAAUCUACUUAUUGAGUAUCAAACUCUGGCUAUAUAGACAAGGCUAUAUCUACCUCUCGUAUAA